UUUUGUGCGGGUUUGCGACUCAUCGCACGCUCGAUUUUAUAGAAUUCCAAAACCUCGAGAAACAUACGAAGUAAACGCGAGUCGAACGUCGUUCGCUCGACUGUUCGUGUCGGUCGCCCUUUAGUUCAAGUUACUCUAGAGCACGACAAACGUAUAUAUUAAUUGUUUUUGUUUUUUUUUGUUUGGACUAAUUUUUAGUGAUUAAGGUACUUUUUUUAAUGUGAACUAAGUAUUUGGAUUAUUCUGACUAAGUGCUGUUUUUGGUUAUUUUGUUGGUGGACUGGAGUCAAAUUAUUCUAAAGUCGACUGCUCAGCAAAGGACCAAAAGGAAUGUUGCAAGAUUUAUGCUGGCAACAAUGGCUACUGUCACAUCUGGGAUAUUGUCGCCGAAUUCUUAUGUUUUGAACCCAGAUGCAGUAGCACUAAAACUCGCCCAGCAUCCGGAACCCAUGGACACCUACCACCACAGACACCCUUUUACGCACGCUACCUACUCAGAAUCCCACCACUCUAGUGACUCAGAACAAGAAGUGCCAUACACGCCAGCGUCCCCUAACAGACCACUCAACAUUUCCGAACCAAAGAGAAACAAAAGAAAAAACUUUAAACCUCGGUGUUCGCAAAAUCUACCUUCUGAAGAAGAAGUAUUGAAUCUAAGCGAAUAUAAUGAAAAUAAUAAUGUUAAUAACAAUGUGAGGCGUCGCAAGCCUUUGGCAGGUCCAAGAAAAAUUAUGCAAGAUCCUAGUUUCACUCCUAUGGAUUUGAGUGGCUCUAAGCCCGACUCUGAAGCCUCAGAACGAUUAAGUAAUGACUCGGAACUGUUAAGUCAAGGCUCUGAAACUAAAAACGACUCGGAUAAUUCUGAUUCGGACGACUUCAAUACUGAAAACUAUAGAACGCACUCAGAAAAUGAGGAAGCCAAAGAUGACGACUCGGAAGAAAACGAUUCGACUAAAAUUCCGAGUAGUUUUUCCAUACAUAACCUAAGCAAACCUCACGUUUCUGAUCCAUCGGGUUUAGUUCAGAAUCUAAGUCCUGAUCAGAUAUCGGAAAUGCGUAAUUACGCUAUGAAUACAAUGAGGGAACUACUGGGCAUUUAUGGUUUAACUUCAGAAGUGGCCGAAAGUAUAUCCAGGCAGUUACCAUUAGCGGCAUUUGCUACGGGUAAAAUCUUCGAGAACCUCUCAUUAACUCCAACUCAGAAACCUCAAACGUCGCUGAGCGAACCUCCAACGCCACCUUCAACGCCUCUAUCGCCAAAAAACGCUGCGGAAUCAACGCGAAGCACGCCCUUCACUCAAACUACGGCCGCUAGUCAUUUCGCCACCAUGGGACUGAAACUACCUCAAACUCACACACCCUCCAGCUUGACUCACACCCCCACGACCAAUUCCCAUGUUCAAAAUUUCCCGUUGAACUUGAAUUUGAAAAAAGAGUUGGCUAAUGGAUUUGAUGGAGGAGAGUUUUCGUUCGAGGAGGGUUUCAGGAGUAAGAUUGAGGCCGAGAGUAGGUCUGAAGAUGGAAGGCAUACUACGGGUAUUUUCUCGGGAAAUAUUGCAUUUCCUCACCUAAACAAGACUGAUAGUUUGUCCCCUCCGCCUAUGGAAUCUCCUUUGAGUGCAAUGUUGCACCAAUCGAUGUCAACUUCUUUACACUCCCGCGACUCCUUAUCAACAUCUGGUCUUCUACUGAACAAGUCCUCUACAAAUGUAGACUACUCCAAGUACGUCAAAAAGUUUUCAUCUAGCAUCGACUGCGGCAGCACCUACUGCAAAGACCUCAACUACAGAGAGCAUUUCCAUUGUUUAGACUGCAACUCUCGCGUUUUUAUCAAAAAAGAAGAAAUGAUCCGUCAUUUUAAAUGGCACAAGAAACGCGACGAGUCUCUACAGCACGGUUUUAUGCGCUACAGUCCAUUGGACGACUGCAGUGACAAAUACUCUAAUUGUACGCACAAUAAAAAACAAACUCACUAUCAUUGCAUCCAAGAAAAUUGUGAUAAGGUUUACAUAUCAACUAGUGACGUGCAGAUGCAUAGUAAUUAUCACAGAAAGGAUAGUGCUAUUAUGCAAGAAGGAUUUCAGAGAUAUAGAGCGACUGAAGAAUGUGGUGCCUCUUAUUGUGCAUUUUUUGGACAGAGAACUACGCAUUUUCAUUGUAGAAGGACUGGGUGCAGAUAUACUUUUAAAAAUAAAUCUGAUAUGGAAAAGCACAAAACUUACCAUAUUAAAGACGAACAACUCGCCCGUGACGGUUUCAAAAAAUUCAUGAAAAACGAAGCAUGCCCCUUCGAAAAUUGUCGCUUUUCGAAAGUUUGUAAUCACAUCCAUUGCAUCCGACCACAGUGCUCUUACGUCCUCCAUAGCUCUGGCCAACUGUUUUCUCACAAGAGAAAACACGAACGGAAAGAUAGCGAAUUAGCUUACAGAAAAUAUAAAUUAGCUCAAAGUAUGAUGAAAACUUUGUCCGAAGGCGGAAGUGUUCCUGCUCAAACAAGUGCCGGACAAAUAAAUCCUUUUUUAAGUAGAGAUUAUGAAGCUCAAAUUGAUAUAGCUAAUUUUUACAAUCAACAAAACUCUUUAUCCAAUAUGUCGAACAUAUCAAACACUGAAAGUUUAAGCGAUAGGAACUCUCCAUUGAGCUACAAUGAUGAGUCAGAAGGUGCAUUGGCAAUGGACUUGAGUGCUAGUGAAGCUUCUAAUUUUCCCACUCAAGAAGACACUUUAUUAGUUGAAAAUUUUUGGAGAAAAUAUUUUCAAUUUAUACCAGAAGGUCAACCAUGUAACUUAAAAGACAACUGUGACUAUAAUUUCACAGAGCAUUUUCAUUGCCUGCAAGAUAAUUGUGAAGUUACUCUAACAAAUAAAGAAGGUGCUAGAGAGCAUUCAAGAAAUCACGAACAACAAGAAAUCAUUACAGAUAAUUACUUUUCGUUAUCAGAAAUCAAUGAGCCUUGUGAAGAUCAAAGUUGCAUCUAUCAAAACAAAGAAAAACAUUAUCAUUGCAACUUGGAUAAUUGUCGUGAAAUCAUUUUAUCUUCCGAUAAACCCUUUAGACGUUUGGAGCAUUAUAAAAUGCACCAGUACAGUCAAAAAUUGAGUUUGACUAAAGAUCCUUUAACUGCUACUCAUUUAGCAACAAGCAUUGAUGGAAUGUUUUGUCGAAAACGUGGAAGACCUCCAAAAAAUCGUGUCAUUGAAGUUUGGAAUAAUGAUUAUAACCCACAAAGCCUUAUGGAGAGUCCUCAAGCGAUUUUUACUAGUUUCAAACUACCAAAACCAUCUACAACUCCAUCAAAUAUCAAAGAGGUAAUGGAAAAUGAUGAAGACGAUCAAAGAAGUCAUCAUUUUAGUGUCGAUUAUGCAAAUAUUCUACAAUCUUUUGAUAGUUAUAGUGAAAACACUAAAUGCCCUGACACAUUGUGCUCUUAUUUAGGCGCAGCACACUUCCAUUGCAACAGAAAACGUUGCUUAUGCUCCACCGAUCAAAUGGAAUACCUUAUAAACCACGCCAAAGACUUCCAUGAAAAUCUUGAAAUCCUGGAAGGUUUUGAAUUCUACGAUCGCAUGGUUGAUUGUAGACUACAAGGGUGCGCAUCUAAUAAAAUCAACAGGCAUUUUCAUUGCACGCGUCCGAAUUGCAACUAUAGCUUCGUACAAUACAGUCAAAUGACUAUUCAUAAUCAAAAACAUGAAGCCGGUCCUAAUUUUCCAAGUAUUAGGGUGAAAAGCGAGGACUUGUUAGUGGAAAAAGAAGAAGCUAAAGGUCACGGUAUGGAAUUGGCUGGAGCUGUUAACAUGAGUCAGGGUCAGGAUAAUAUUAAUAAAGUUUCAGUGGUGAGGGCUUCGGGGACCUUUUACCCUAUUUCUACGUUACCACCGGUAUCGGUGGAACAGCGAUCUUCACCGACCAAUCAUGUCAUUUUGACAGAUCAUUCUCAAACUCUACCUUCAUCAUUCGAUCCUCUAAGUGCUCCAUCUACGACCCUCUACGGACCGGAAAUCUCUUGCAGCCGUCCGUUUUGUAAACUAAAACGCAAGCCCCAUUAUCAUUGCAACGCUUGCAAUCAAGCAUUUUCCGAAUUGGACAAGUUGCUACCUCACGUUGCACGCCAUAGUAAUAGUGCUUUCCAAGUUUCACCGAUCAGACCGAAUGAAACAAAUACCUCGGAGAGGGAUGGUGAAGGCAAUAAUAAUGGUGUCAGAGAAAGAGGAGAGAGUAGUCCGGAAAAUUUUAAUUUAGAGAGGAGGAGUAGUGAGACGCAGCAGAAGAUCAGUGUGGCUAGUUUGUCAAGUUUGCAAGGCAAUAAUCAGGUUUCUUUAGACAAACACCAGACGCCUAAAGAACCUUCUACACCCGAAGGUACCCCUUACUUUUCGACGCCAACCUUUGAUGCUUACAACCAUUUCAGUCAAUUUCCACCAAAUUUCGCUACUCAAAUCGCUCUGAUGCAACAACAAAACGCCUUUUUGCCCCAAAGCUUAUAUCAACAAGCCAUCCCUUCACAAAUUAUGUUUCAACAUGCUCAAUUGAUGCAGAGUCCUCUUUUGGGGCAUCAGAACAUCAAUGCUUUUCCGGCUGAAAAUCUUACGUCCCCUUUGGCAGCAAUGGCAGCCAAUCUCAACAAAAGAUCGAUGAGUCCUCAUGAUAUGAGUCCUGAUGCCAAAAAAGCCAGAAUCCAGAAUUCGAUGAGGAUUUUGAAAGAUGAACCUGUUCCAGCUGGUUACCUGAGGUUCAGAUUCAAUGAGGAUUGCAAAUAUCAACAUUGUGGCUACAGAGAGCACCAAACUCACUUCCACUGUCAAAGACAAGAUUGCGGGUACUCGUUUUGUGACAAGACCAGAUUCGUGCAACAUACUGCUCGCCACGAAAGGCUGGAUACUCUGAUGGGUGGCGAUUUCCAGCAAUACAGGGCUAAUGUUGCUUGUGGAAGGCAGGAUUGUGCUUAUACUGCUAAUUUAGGUUCUACCCAAAACAAAGCAUCUCAUUUCCACUGUCUCAAAUGUGAAUUCGUUUGUACCGAUACCAACAAAGUGGUCGCUCACAGACGUCAGCACCAAAAACUGGACAGCAUCCAAGCUGCAGGGUUCGAAAAAUUUACCCCCAGCCAAGUAUGUCGAGUACAGAACUGCCAGCACAGCGGCAAACAGACGCACUAUCACUGUUUGAGCUGCCAAUAUGCUGUAUUGGGCCUGGCGCAGAUGAGUGCCCAUAAAUACAGACAUAUGGAAGGAUGAAGUAAGGAACAUAUCAUAAAUAAAAAAUCGAGCAAUACUUUCAUGUAAAUUAAAAAGGAGACAAGGAUAAUGUACAAAUUUUUUUUAGUCCUAUAAGUUUUUGCGAUAAUAAUUAUUGUAAAUAAUUUAUUUGUACAAAAUGUGAAAAGAUAUAUUACCUCAUGAGGAGUGUUUGUGUGUAAGUUAGACUCAAAGUUAAAAUAAAUGGCCUAAAUGUCAAGAAAUAUUCUAAAAAAUAGCUCAUAAUAAGUAUUUGGUAGCAAUUUCAAGUGCAUAGAUUCUGUUGUUGCCAUUUAUCUUACAUUUGACAACAAUGGGAUUUUAAUUGAAAACUCAUGCCCUUUUACAUCGCCUUUUAAAAAAAAUAAAAUGCUAAUUUUUGAAAUCUUUUAAUUUGUCUAUCUAUUUACCCAUUAUCGAUACAUAUUCAAGAGUUAGCAUUUUUUUGCAAAUUGAAGGGCAACAUUAUACUAUACCUACCAGUUUGUGAUAAGUUUAAAAAAAGAGUUUUUAGUAUUCUACUAUAAUAUUUAAGCACAAAAAAUUAAAAUAUAUAUAUUUAUAGAUAGAUUUUUAGGGAUCAAAUUCUUGUAACAGAAUAAAAGACAAAACAAUGUAGUAUUUCUAGAAUCUUUAGUUCUUCUUAUUUUUCUUAGAGGUUUAUAUUUUAGAUUUAGCGUUACCUACAUAAUAUAGAAGAGGCCUUUUUUGCGAAUAAACUAGAUAGAUUUUGUGCCUUAGGGAAAAGACAUAUAAUAAAAUAAUCAUGUGCCUUUUUGGUACCCACAGUUUUUUCAUAGAAAUUUUAAUUUUUUUAUUAGACAGAAAACAAAAAAUGUCAUUCCAUAUUGUACCACAUGUGCCAUAAUAUACAAUACAAAACAACAGUUUGUAGUUUUUCGUAGAUGAUAAAAAAAUACUUAUUAAUUAAUUAUUAUCCUUUUUUUUUCUGUAUUAUUUUCAUGUGAAUCGUUUGCCAUAUAAUUUAUUGUAGGCCGCUUUAUUUUUUUCUUUUGUUCAUAGCUAGUCUUUUGUUUUUCUCUUUCUUUUGUUUAUUUUAAUUGUAAAUAUUUAUUAUUUUGUGCAUGGCAAGAUCUGAUCUUCUUUUUUUUUGUUUUACAUUGACAACCUAGUUGGCAAUUUAAUAAAUGUUGUUUAGCUUUUACUUUUUGAAGUCUUGAUGAAAUACAUAGUUAUUUCAUUUUUUUUCUACAAGAAAAAUUUUACGAUUCUUUAGAGAUGCCACUAGUAUCUGUUUGUAUAUUAUUUCACUAGGUUUAUCUUUUGAUUCCUUUUGAUUUGUUCAAUAAUGGCGUUGGACAAAAUAAUUUUAUCAAGAGUGUAGUGUAUAUCUUUUACUGUGAUUAUGUUUUUUUAACUAUCAGUAUUUAAUAAAAAAUACUAUUUAUAUCAAAGAAAUUGUUUUAUUUACUCUUUACUUUAUGUUGCAGUUAUUGGGCGAC